AUGGAAGUAUUCUCCACUGCAACUGUUGUCAUUGACGGACUAGAUGAAAUUGCUGGGGAUAGAUGGGAUACCAUCGAUCUGAUUCAGCGUAUCCGCCAAAAAGACAGCAGAACCAGAACAUUAUAUGCAAGUCGUAAAGAAACAGAUAUUGAAACCUGCUUGACUGAGUACCAAAAAGUCUCGAUAGCGGCUCAAAGCAGCGACUUGGCAUUGUACGUUGCUUCUGAAGUUGAAAAAGAACAAGAAAGAGACAACUUUGCAUCAAAGACCCAGAUCUUAAAGACACUAUCAUGAACCGACUGGUCAAUGGAGCUGAGGGGAUGUAAGUCGCAGCUGAUAUGAACAAAUUAGCCUAAAGUACUAACAGCUGCAGGUUUCGAUGGGUUGCAUGCCAAAUUGAUCAUCUAUGUGAGCUGCCAAAUGAUAGAGCAAGAGCGAAGGCAUUGGACAGUCUACCUCGUGGGCUCCCCAAGACUUAUGAACGUAUUCUUAUCCGAGUUCUUGAACGGCAUACUGAGAUCCACACUUUCGUCACAAGGACUUUUCAGUGGCUUGCAUUCUCCAAAGAUGAUAUUAGCAGCGAGGCUUUUCUCAUAGCUAUAUCUAUGAAUCCCGAAGACAGCAGCCUGGACCCAAGUACUAUCCCAUCCGAGGACGACCUCUUGACUUGGGGUAAGACUGCCGUAGCGUGGCUGGCGCUGCCCAAUUUCGCGCUCUUCUUUCUCCCUCCUCUCCUUUAUAUUGCUUCACGUUAUGCUUUUGAACCUUAUUUAUGAAUCAAUAUGUCGCUAACGUCCCUGUUUCUUUAGGGAGUAGUCUCAUCCGUCAUCGGGCCAAUGGAGAUGGAGUUGAGUUCGCGCACUUCACUGUUAAGGAAUAUUUGCUAUCGCUUGCGACAACGAAUGAACCACAUAUUUCAAAAUUCGCCCUAUACGAGAAUGAAGCAAACCUGAACAUUGGUCAUACCUGUCUCAAUUAUCUUCUCUUGGACGGAUUAGGGGAAGCCCCUCCUUCUGACGAUAUCUUUGCCCUGGUUAGUGAAGGUGGAGAAGAAGAAGAAAUCCGACCGUACAAAUUGUUCGCAAAUCAGCUCAUAAAACACCCCCUUUGUUCAUAUGCCGCUGGUAAUUGUUUUAAACAUCUUCAAGGCCAUUUGGAGAAUGGCGAAAUAGUGGCACUUACACAUAAACCCUUCUGCCCAGAAAAGUCGAACAACCUUUUGUGGUUCUGCUAUACCCUUUUGUCCAUCGAGGCUGAAUGGUUUUGGGAGGCGCCGUUUACGGAUACCACAACUCUUCAUUGGGCUGCUCUUCUUGCCAUGGAUGAAGUUAGCUCGUGGCUUAUAGACCAAGGUUGCGUCAAUCGCAGGCACGCCCCUAAAGUGCGCAUUGCAAGGCCUAAAUGCAUUGAGGGAAUUGGAUAGUAAGGUGAUAUACGAGUGUGGACCCCACGACGAGAACCCGAAGGGGUUUGCAAUUGCCAAAAGACUCAUCUGGGCAGGCGCCGAUCCUUCCCGUCGUCCUAGUUCAGAUGGUGAGUUGCCUACCCUUAUUUUGGCAUUAUACUACAGCUGCAAAGACAACGAGCUGCUUCACCAAAUAGCCGGAGGUGGUAAGAACCUUGACGAACUUACGCUAGAAGAGCUUGAGCACAUAGUGUCAUCCGAGUACAAUGCUGAUCUAUACGCUACUUCAACCAACCUCUUUACUAAUGUUUCGUUUCAAGAAGUCCCGGAUAUCUACAAAGUAAGUUUGGAUCCUGGCAUGUGUUUUGCUGCUAUUCUAUUUGAACGGGCUUGGGGGCAGGUCGGACACAUUUUUCAUCCACCUAUGACACAUUUACAUAUAGGAAGGCAAACAAAGAGCGGAAUGA